AUGCCGUCGCUAUUUUGCCUUCCAAUGGCAUGCAGCCGACAAGUCGACGUACUCGAUCGGAGCCAAAACAAUCUGCAGAGUGUUCCCAGUGAUAUUGAUAGGUUUCGGGGACUUGAAGAGCUUUUACUCGCCAUGAACAAUAUAAAAGAAUUGCCAAAGCAAUUGUUCCGAUUGCAUAGACUUCGAGUUCUCGACGUUUCGGACAACGAGUUAUCAGUACUUCCGCCCGAAAUAGGCAAUCUCACAUUGCUUAAUGAGCUGAAUUUAAAUAGAAAUGCGAUCACCGAUAUUCCUGAGCAAUUGAAAAACUGCAAACAGCUUAUCAAUUUGAUUCUCAAUGGAAAUCCCUUCACCAGAUUGCCCGAGAGCAUUUGCGAGUGUUCUUCAAUUGUAACAUUGUCCUUAAAUGACACCACACUUACUGUUUUGCCUGCCAACAUCGGAGAACUCACGAAUCUUCGCGUUCUUGAGGUUCGUGAAAACCACUUGCGAUGCCUUCCACCGUCUAUUGUUAACCUCAAGCACCUGGAAGAGCUUGACCUCGGUCAAAAUGAUAUCGAAGAAUUGCCAAAGGAUUUUGGAAAACUAUCGAAUCUUCGCGAAUUCUAUAUCGAUAUCAAUGGCCUUCUGCAGCUUCCUGAUAGCAUCACUGAGUGCAAAAAUUUGGAUCAACUAGAUGCAUCUGAAAAUCAAAUUCAAGUAUUACCUUAUGAAAUUGGAAACAUGGAGUCCCUAACGGAUCUUAAUGUUUCACAAAAUGCUAUUCAAGAAUUGCCGGCAUCAAUAGGAAAGCUGCGAAAUUUGCAAAUUCUCAAAGUUGAUAGAAACUCACUGCACACUCUGACACCGGAAAUUGGAAAAUGCUCGUCACUCACUGAAUUGUACCUAACUAAUAAUUUGUUAUCUGAAAUUCCUUCAAGCAUUGGAUACUUGAAAUCAUUGACAACCUUAAAUGUUGAUAGAAACCAACUGACAGAGGUCCCUGAAUCGAUUGGCGGAUGUACAUCACUUUCCGUUCUAUCUCUUCGUCAAAACAUGAUCACGGAACUGCCAAUGUCGAUAGGAAAAUGCGAGAAUCUGACGGUUCUCGACGUCGCUUCGAACAAACUCUCAUUUUUGCCAUUUACAAUUAAUGUAUUGUACAAAUUACAAGCUUUAUGGUUAAGCGAAAACCAGUCACAAUCAAUCUUGAAAUUCAAUCAAGAACGCGAUCCGAAAACUGGAGUUAAGGUUCUAAAAUGUUAUCUCCUCCCACAGAUUAAUGCUACCGACGAUAUUGCCGAUAGAACAACGAAUCGUUCCUUUGUUGGGGGACCAAAAGUUCAUUUUAAUGAUCAGGAUCCGCCAACCGAAGACGAAAAGCUUCAAAUCGGCCAAUUCGAAAGGCAUAACACUCCGCAUCCGAAGAAUCCGAAGCACAAAAAAGGUUCGAUUGACGGACACAUAAUCCCGCAUGAUGGCGAACAACCACGCCAAUUUUCGCUCAAUAAAACACCGACGGAAUCUUUCAUUGAAAGUGUACACAGCUCACAACAAAAUCUAUCUAUAUCUGGCUCUCAACAGAACUUGAAAAAGAUUCUAAUACAGCGCGAUUCGAGUGGAAAACUUGGACUUUCGUUUGCCGGUGGUCCGUUAAAUGAACCAGCCCCUGGAAGCAAUGGAGACAAAGGGUUGUUUGUGACCAAAGUAACGCCGGGUAGUGCCGCUGAUCGAUGUGGAUUGAAAGAAGGAGACAAGCUCAUUAGAGCAAACGAUCGAAAUAUGGUGAAUGCAUCGCAAGACGAAGCCAUGAGCGCAAUCAGUUCCUCCUCAGACGUCGUUGAGCUCGUCAUAUAUCGUCGAACUCCAUCUCCGGGUGUUACAAAGGAUGAAAUAGAACAGAACGAGAAUUCGCCAAUUUUAUCUCCAACGUUUAAUCAUCAGCUUAACGGAACGGGUUCGCCUGAGGUGUUUUCAACUCAAAACUUCUCCACGUUGAAACUUCUCAGCCAACUGUGA